AUGGCGACCCGAGCAGCUAAUGGCAUCACAAACGAGGUCAUGCCGAAUGCACUUAUCGGGAGAAAAGGAACUUCAAUGAGCUGUGCAGAUACCCAUUCCUCGAAUGUGUCAUCAAGUAGGCAAAUCCAGUCCACCACACAGUUAUCUGAGCUGGUGCGGGGGCUGUACUGGAAUGGUCCGUUGAACUGCCGCAGGGGUUCCACAGAUACUGAUGGCAUCGCUCUAACCCUGUGCGACGUGCAAGAUCCUCUUGGAGACCAAACGUUGCUUGGAGACACAGAUCAUCAUGUCACGAAGACUUCGAACAGUCGUUCAUCUCCCACAAAUUCGUGCAGGAAGAGCCAAGAAGCAGGCAUUGCGAUGCACGUAGUGAUGGCUCAUAGUGAAAUUUCCGUCGCGGACUAUUUUCACCAAGAAAGCUGAUACGAAAUUGUGUGUUUUCCCGGCCAUCAAUGUCCAUGAUGUGUCGGAGCGACCCGAGGAGAAAAUGAACAACUAAAAAUCAGCGCGUCUUUGAGGUACGAUCAGUGGAAGUCGAGCCCGAUUAACUCGAUAAAUAAGGAUUCAUUCCUCCAGCAUCGGUGAAGUGAACUAAGUGG